UAAAAAUUGAAAUCACUAAGGGUGUUUCGAACUAAGGUUAUGUUGACAAAAUUCAAUAAAUUGUUAAUAAUUUAUUAUACGCAAUUACAAUGUUACGAUAAACAACACAGAUUUAUGAUUGCUCAACAUGUCUCAACAUGAGCGAGUCCCCCGGGACCACUUGAUGCAUUCCACCGGGACAACUCCUUAUGAAAUUGUCGCCGUAAUUCUCCCAUCCCUUUUCUACACCACAAUCACCUCCAUAAUCGUAUCACUCCUCCAAACUAAAACCAAGAGCCUCCCACUCCAAUUCAGCAUUGAAUUCCUUACUCUAGUCCUCCCCAUUAUCCUAAAUGUCACAGUAUUAUCGGACUACACGGUCGAACUAUUGUCUACAUUUUUCAUCAUUACUUUAUCGCUUAUUUUGUGGCUGCGGAGUUCCAAUCCUUUGUAUGAAAAACCACCAAAAGCCCCCCAAAAUCGUGAUUAUCUCACCAAUAGCCGGUCCACCAUCAACGUAAUUUCGGUGGUUGCAAUUCUGGCGGUGGAUUUUCUAAUUUUUCCGCGCCGGUUUGCUAAAACCAAGUCAUAUGGAUACAGUCUCAUGGAUGUCGGCGUGGGGCUGUUCAUUUUCUCUAACGGAAUCGUGGAUACGGGGCAAACUGACCUGGGGAAGGCGCUCAAGGGGUCUGUACCAUUGUUGGUACUUGGUGUGGGGCGCUUUUUUGUCACGAAAUUGAUUGGUUAUCAUGUGCCUGUGACUGAGUAUGGAGUUCACUGGAACUUUUUUAUAUCACUAGCGGUGAUCAAAAUCGUGGUUUCGCUUAUUUUCGGGGUGGUUAAAGUCAAAUAUAUUUUUAUCAACGCGACUAUGUUGUUGAUAUCACACGAGUCUUUGUUACAAAGUGGUUUAAAAAACUUUGUCAUGGGCAGUCAUAAACGUAGCAAUUUUUUGACGGCUAAUAGAGAAGGAAUUAUCUCGUGCCUUGGAUAUGCCUCCCUGUAUAUGUUUUCGACCAAUUUUAGUUAUUUUGUCGGGUUGAAAAAAGGGCCAGAAGGAGUCAAGAAAACUAUAAUCAAGUUUGUUUUCUUGACCACUUUGAUGUUGUUCUUGUCACAAAUAUGUGAAAAGUAUUGUGGGAUUUCCCGGAAAUUGGCAAACAUGGCGUAUUGUUUUUGGGUACUUUUCAUCGGGAUUUUCAUGACUGGACUUUACUAUAUUUUUGGAAAAAUUUUAGAAGACACUUUCAGAAAUAAACUACAUGUCAACCUCCAACUACCGUUCAUUCUUCAAGCUAUCAACUACAACGGUUUAGUUUUUUUCCUUAUCAGUAAUUUAUUAACCGGUCUAGUCAAUGUUUUAUGUGAUACACUUAAUGUUUCAUCUGUCAUUAGUUUAGUCAUUAUAUCCGUUUAUAUGUUGAUCAAUUGCGCCAUUGUAUGUUUCCUCUUUAAGAAACAAAUCAAAUUAAAACUCUAAAAGGAC